AUGUCUUACGAUCGAGUGCUUCCCAACCCUGUUGCUCUACGCUAUGAGUCUGUUCAAGUCCCCAUAGCUAGACCGAGCAACCUCCUCGAGCAUAAGAUCAUGAACGAAGAUUUGUCCAAAUCAGCCAUGGCCAUGCGAUAUCCUACCGAGGGUGGUCCGGUCGGGCCAUCUAUCAGAUACGCCGAUGCUCGGUCAACGGGGAUCUCCCAAACUCAUCACCAUAUGUCAUCCCUGAAUGAAGCCAAAUCCUCAAAUGGUGUGAAGCCCAUGGGCCCGAUGCUCUCCACCAAGGAGCUACCCAUGCGGGACCGCUCAGAUCGAUCAUCGUCCUCCUCGGCCAGCAGUACCAGUCCGGUCAAGUCGAAAGAGAAUACCAUGCAAUUCUGCCUCUGCCAGCCAGAUCCGAAAAUUCCCCGGCCUCGUAAUGCUUUUAUUCUAUAUCGACAGCAUUAUCAGGCUAUGGUUGUGGCACAUAACCCGGGCCUGGCCAAUCCUGAGAUCUCUAAGAUUAUUGGCGAACAGUGGCGCUCUCUUUCGGAUGAUGAUAAGAGUAAAUGGAAGGCGCUUGCAGAGGAGGAAAAAGCUCGUCAUCAGCAGCAAUAUCCCGAUUAUCGCUACCAGCCUCGACGGUAUGGUCGGGAUGGUAGCGCUCGCAGCUCAGGCUCAGGGAUCGGCCACAACCCAUCUGGCUCCACACACUGUAAUCGAUGUGGUGGCCGACUGAUGAAUGCACCCGCUUCCCCCAUGACCCCAUUCACACCCAGCAGUGGGCCUAUGUAUCGACCAUCAAAUUUCUCAGUGUCAUCGCCACAUCCAAAUGCCAUGCCACCAAGAAGUGUACAGGGCCGCGAGAAGGAUUACCACUCACAAAAGCCGGCAAAGAUGGAUCAACUUGACCCACGGUCCCGCCAAAGACACUGGGAUGAGCACCCUGGAGGUCGAUCCCCUGAUAAUAAACGCCGUCGAGUAUCCCACGGCUCAUUUAAGCCAACACUACAUCCCUCCUAUCGGGAUCACAGUCCCGGUAGCGGCGCUCCGGAGACACCACACCCAAUGACCCCCUGGAGUGCUCGCCCUGAUAUGCCACCACGUCAUCUUCCCCUGCUGCAGCCACAACGAUCAUAUCAGAGUACUCCGACCCAGUCACACCCCGACCCGAGUCUGAAGCUACCACCACUUCAGACCGCCACAACACCAGCGAUGACACCCAUGACGCCCUAUCCACAAGAAGGCACCAGCGUCGAAGCCACAGUCAUGACAAUCCCCUUCCUCAACAAGAUCAAAGUCCUCGCCAAGAUCUCCCCACCCCUCCUCCCCUCCUUCCGAGACGGCCCCCCACCACCCCGCGGCCCCGUCAUCGCCAUCGACGGCCAAGACCCAGACCUCGUCCAACAAGUCGUCGAAUUCCUAGACAACCUACUAAAAAAGGAAUCCAAAUACCACGUCCGGGUAUUCGACGGCCCAGAAAUCAAACCACCCCGUCCCACAUCCGGAGAAGGCCAAAUGGGCGACGCCACAGUCGACUAUCUCAACACAAUCUCAGCCUGGCACCGGAUCUCCGACGAAGUAGUCGGCUUCGUCAAAUCCGCUUCCAGAGCCGGCUCCGUCGACGCCCGCUCCACAACAGACGAGGAGCCAACUGCUUCAAACGUCUCCCCACGCACCCUCAUCCCGAAAACCGCAAACCUCCACAUCCACUCCCCGGCCCAGUCCAGCGAGAACGGCUCCGAGGCCAGUGCCGUCACGGCGGGCAGCCAUUGCCCCGUCCCCAUCGCCCUCGUCCCCCGCUACCAGCUCACCACCGCAGACGCAUUCGCCUGCUCCACGCCCAUCGGCGACUCCUACGCCCCACUGGACCACUGGCAGUGGAUGGCAUCUCUCUGGCGCGCGUGCGUGGGGCCGGAUAUCACGGUCUACAUCCGCGAAUGCACCAAGGAGGAGCUAGAGCGCAUGGGCGGGAACCCGGUUGAGGUGCGACUGCAAGAUGCACGCACAGUCGUGCUGCGCAAGAUUGCCGGGCGGGAUCUAGAGGAGAAAGCGCUUAGACGGAUGGGUUUUGAGAUUGAGGAUUUUUUGACUCAGUGA